GUCUUUGUGAACAAGGACGCGAGACGAAACACGAAACGUGAGAAGAUCGGCUCGUUAAAAGAUAAACCGAAUAGACAUUUACCGGCAUUUUGGAACGGAGUUUCUUGUGGGAGAUAUCACGAAAUAUUUAAUAUGGCUUGGGUACCCUUGGAAUCGAAUCCAGAGGUUAUGACAAAGUUCCUACACAAGUUGGGUGUUCCAAAGAAGUGGUCGAUCUUAGAUGUAUACGGCUUAGAGUCGGAAUUGUUGGCAAUCAUCCCUAGGCCUGUCCUUGCCGUCAUUUUGCUUUAUCCUAUUUCGUCAAAGAUUGAAAAGACUAAAGAAGAGCAAGCAGAAGCUAAGGAUAGCAAGAAUGAUGCUGUAGAAUCAGUUUAUCACAUAAAGCAAUCUAUUUCAAAUGCGUGUGGAACAAUUGCAUUACUUCACAGCGUGGCGAAUAAUUUGGAUGUGAUACAGUUGGAGGAUGGUUUUUUCAAAAAGUUUUUAGAGGAAACCAAAGGACUUUCGUAUAUUGAACGUGGCGAACGUUUAGAAAAAGCGCAAGAUAUCAUCGAUACUCAUAUGGAAUCUGCCCAGGAAGGACAGACCGAGGCACCAGCUGAAGAUGUGGAAGUGUACCAUCACUUUGUCGCGUUUGUCCAUAAAGACGGUUCCCUGUAUGAGCUGGACGGUCGAAAAUGUGCCCCUAUCAAUCACGGUUCAACUACACCAGAGACACUUCUCGACGAUGCCGCUCGCGUAUGCAAGGAAUACAUGGAACAUGAUCCUAAUGAAGUGCGUUUUACAGUGGUCGCACUCGCUGCCAAUGAGUGAAUGGCGCCUCAUCCUCAAGUGCAUUCGCCUUUAAGCUAAUUUAAGCCCAAAUAAUUUAUCUUAUACGUUAUAUGAUGUUACAUAUAUUUUACUUCUUGAUUUGUUUUGUCAAUUUUCUUAAUUGCCAGCUUUUCUAACACUGUGUAACUAUGUAUGUUAAUGAAAAAAAUUUAUAUACGCAGUUGUAUAUGGCACUGUUUCUAUUGCACGUUUUUAUUGCAAAAAAGAAGUUCUCACGACAGUACUAUUGACGUAGAUAUUUCGAUUCAAAAAGCCGAUAAAAAUAUGCGACGUGAGGUGCUACAGAAAAAGCAUUUAAAACAAACUACUGCGCGUCGGUCAAGGUCUCUAAGCUUUACGCAACAAGACGGACGACUGCCAGAGCAAGUUUUGGUUUGCAAGUCGGAAUUGAUGAUAAAUUAGGACCGAUACAUUCUCAUGUUUGGCACAGAUUUGACGCAUUGAUUUGGUGACGUUCGCUUUUAAUCAUCAACGUCAUGUAUCUCGCGCCCGUUUUUGUUUUCAUUAAAAGUGUCGACCAUUUAUAUUUUUUAUGAUACUUAAUGCUCUUGUAGUAAUUAUGCAUUACAUCAGGACAAGAUAAAUAU